UAGACACGUCGAAUGUUUUGAGUCCAGCUUUAGGUUUAGAUUCGAGGAUCUACUUUAAUUCGGGAAUUUGUUUGAUUCGAUUAACUGCGCGUCAAUUGAUGACCCCGUUGGACGAGUCAAUAAGUAAUAAUAACCACUAUCUAGCCAAUUCCAAAGAGCAUGGAAAGAUCGUGACGCCACAUGGAAUUGCGAAUUGUGAAAGAGAUAUUUGCCAGGGAGACGAGAGACACUUGAAAAUACCGAGAUUUAGCGUCGAGAUAUGUAACGAGCCACCGAGCAUCUCUGCGGCAUCCAUUUACAUUUCAAAUAGACUUCGAUCCUUAAACCUCGCAAAUCGAUCGGAAAGGACCUUGGACUUUAACGGGAUUUACUCAGUAUGGGAUCGUUUAAUGCUUCUUCUUUCGAAACUUAUUAGCGAACGCACUUGUACCAACGUUUAAGUCAGUAUGUCCAGGGCACAUCGGCGAUCGAUAGUUUAGAUAACUAUAUCGAGGCGUUAUCAUCGGCGAGUUGUCGGGAAGUUUCGGCUUACGAGUUAACGAACCAUCUGGGACUUAAUCCGGUGAAAUAUGGGAGUGACUGCGGAAGAAGUUGCCGAACUUCGGGAUAGUUUCUUUAAGAAGAUUGGCGAGGAAGGGCCUGAGUUCGAGGGUUUCCAUCCAGUCGAUAUAGCCAGAAUAACGGAGCAGGACACUUGGCUAAAGCGGUUCCUUGAACACAAUGAACGUAACAUGAACGAGUCUCUUCGCAUGCUUUGGGAGUGUUGCGCUUGGAGGAAGAAAUUUGGCACCAACGAUAUCUCAGAAGAGACGGUGAGGCGAGACUACUUGGAAGAUGGAAUUUGCUACAGCCAUGGCAGAGAUAAAGAUGGAAGGAAACUGUUCAUUAUUAAGUCAAAGCAACAUGUUAAAGGAGCGCGGGACUUUAAGGAGUUACAGAGAUGCAUCGUGUACUGGUUCGAGAGAUUAGAGAGGGAAGAGAAUGGAAAGCCCGUUUCCCUGUUUUUCGACAUGGCGGACGCAGGACUGAGUAAUUUAGACAUGGAAUUUACGCAGUAUUUAAUAGGGUUAUUCAAGACAUACUACCCGAACUUCUUGAACUAUAUAAUAAUCUUCGACAUGCCAUGGGUCCUAAACGCAGCCUUCAAGAUCAUAAAAUCUUGGCUGCCAGCAAAGGCGAUACCAAAAAUCAAGUUCGUAAAUAAGUUGAACAUCAAAGAGUUCGUCGAUCAGAAUGACAUUUUAAAGUCUUGGGGAGGCACUAACGAUUACGUCUUCAAGUUUGUAUCGGAGACCCAGUCGAAUGCCGUCAUGAAUGGUAAACUCGAAAGCAAGAAGGUUCACUUUGCAGGAGGGUCUCCGAUUGAAGAACAACCAUCUGGCUUUGACGAUCAAACCAACAAUGAUACUCUUCUAUCGGUCGAGCCAGAUGUAAUAGUGCUUUAUAGAGGAAAGGCAGAGCCGAGUGGGACGAUCACUCUAAAGAAUCUUACAACGGAGAAAUGUGUCACGUACAAGAUAAAGACAACGACCCCUGAAAAAUUCAAAGUACACCCAAGGAUUGGUAUUCUGCGUCCUGGGGAAAAGGUUGACGUCGUCGUCAUGUUACAACCGGGAUAUGAAAUACGUGGCUGGCUGCACAAUAUUAAGUUCCUCGUUAUGUGUCUGCCCAUAACGGAGUCAGAGAUGAACAAAGAGUUGGCUGAAUUUUGGAAGACUGCGGACAAACCUGCAGAAAAUCACAAGCGCAGAUGCACCGAAGUGGUGUCAGAAACUGGCGAGAGCCAAAAGCUGAACUCGAUAUUAUCUAGUAGCCACGCAGGCACUGAUUACAACGCAGACAGAUUCUUCACGAAGAUGUCACAGUUGGAAGACUGUCAUAGAAAACUCCAAGGUGAGCUGAGAUCCUCAAAAAGACUGCAGUUCCUCUCUAUCGUGUUAACGGUACUAAUGGCCAUAGUCGUCACUUACAUUCUGAGAGCGGACAUCAGGAGUGUAAUCGAGGAGCAAAGCUGCCGUGCCUAUCGAGAGUAGACGAACAAUCGUACAGUUCCAAGUGUUAGCGAGGCCCUUGUACGUUUUAUACUGCGGGUAACCUCUAAACGAAACUCUGGCCAAAUGUUUUUUUUUUUCUUUUUUCCCCGUAAAGGUAAUUUUCAAUCGUACGGCGUGAAAACAGCUUUGAACGUAUUUUUCUACGCUUUUGUAUGUACUUCGACAGUCACGAUAUAUUAAUCCUGCCUGACUCUUAACUGCGUAAAACUUGUGGCGAGUGAUCUCAACCGACAAAGUUUCUAUCCAGAGUGUGUGAAGUUAGAUCGUAAGGCUGACGCAUAACUUUUCCCUUGUUUUUCAUUUUAUUUUCAUUUUCAUUUCUACCUGGGGCCCUCGCAGCAUCUAAUUCGAUAAAUCUAGCGAGAAGGAAGAGUCGUCUCCUUGAACUUGUUAUUCUUACGUAUAGUUUAUGUACCGGAAUGUUGGAACGGAUUCCCGAGUGAUACUUUUCGUACGGAUUGCGUGGAAGAGCAGUAUGAUAUAUAAGUGUAUCCAGAAAACCCCAAAUUGUUAUUUUAUUUUUAAUUUUACGCAGCCACGAUGUCAUAAAGGGCAGUGACUACCCUACCGAUGUCUUUGUUAUAACGUUGACUUAAUGUUCUCUCCGAAGGUCGACUCGUGGCAUUAUUUUUUACAACGUAUUAUAUUUUAUAUCUGUUGUUAAUAAUUAUGCAUCAAACAUGAGCGAGUAUAUAAAUAAAACUGUUACAUUAUAAUACAUUGUGGGUGAUGAUCGUUCCUCUAGUGAUAUUUUUCUAUCGGUCGUUUUAAAGAGAACAUUCCCCUCGAUUAAAAACUGGUCACCCUCUUUAAUGUAAUAUAUUUUAGACGAUAACACGUAUAUUGUAAAACUAGAUAACCGUUUCAUUAAUUUCUUGAAUUAUAAUCUGUAAGAAAUGUAACAAUUAUUUAAAUAUAGUAUUCGAAGUUAAUUGCUUUACACCGAGGUUAAGCCUGCCGUAAAGAAAUUAAACUCCCGUUAACUCAAACCGUAGAAAUUCUAAUUUAAGUACCGAUCGAAAUCCAAUCUGGCUAUUCAUUAGCGCGAUGUAA